UCUUCCUCCUUGACUAGUACAAGCAUAUAACCUCGACUUUGUGGGGUGUUCUGUAGAAACUCUUACUCCUGGUGUAGGUCAAGGUUGACAUCACUGUGCUAAACCAUUGUCAAAGCAUUGCCAGUGCUGCAAGAGAUCUUGUAGGGUUAUGCUGGGCUUGAUAUCUAGCAAGGCAUUAAUGACAAGUGUUACAGUAUUCAUGGCUGCUGAUCACUCAGCUGCAUUGUCCUUUGCUAGGCCUGCAAGAAGUCAUCUGUGUUCCCACAGUGAUCUUGCUGGGAAGUAUGGUGGACAUGAUUCUUCCAUGUCAACCAAUUGUCAGACAGCAGCUAGAGUACAAUUACAAGUAAACACAAGGCACCUUGCUACUCAUCAUAUCCAAGCAUACCAUCAACAAUCAUUGGAUAUACCUUCAUCACAAUGUCAAAAAGAAUACCAUGUCCAUGAUUCCCAUCUCUCAUCUACUCUAUACAAAACAGAAGUAUCAAAGCACAGUUUGUCACAGUCACCCCCAAAGGUAGCACAGCCUCAUGGAGUGUUGGGAAAAAGAAAGGCAGAGGUGCUGGGUUUGGAACAACCCAAAGUCAUCAGAUCCCACCUAGCUCUGCAAGAGGGGCAAGUGCCUGAUGGACUUGGUACCUUGGAAGUUGGUGGGGAGGAAAUGAACUUGGACUCUGAGGGUGACAACCUUGGCAUUUUCACUAACAUGCCACCUGCACUACCCUUGCCAGCCAAUGUUGCAGAUUUCCCAGAAAUCAGUCAUCUGCCUCCUAUGAAGGGGGAAAGUUCAGGACAUGAUGGAGGGACUCUUCCCCUUCCCAUUCCUGCUGCUGCCAGCCUCAGCAAACCAGUUGAUACUAGCAGAGGACAAAAACUUUCAAGAUCCUGCAAGGACAAACAAUCACACCACAGAUCUUGCAGCAUCAGUACAACAGCAUCAGGCAGUUCCAUUUCACUGGAGAAGACACAGGCUCCCCCUGUUGAAAGCCCACAGGAUGAGGAAGAAGAACAGAGGGGAGGCACGAAACUUGCCAGAUUCAUUCAACAACUGCACAGGGGUGGGACACUUACUUUCGAGAUAUUUGGUGAUGAAGCAACAGACUGCCCGAAACUGUUGAAUAUUUUGCAAGAGAUUGACGCCAAGAAGAAUUGGAUCACGGAGCAAGAAGCGAAAUCUACUCGCCUUGCAAAAAUUUUGAACUUGGUGCUCAAGACUUGUGAUGCUGUGGACGAGGCACAGACUGUGCGCAUUGGACGGCGCAUUCUAGACAAUUUCGCACAGAGAUUCCUGAACAGGAGAUAUCCCGGUGGAAGCGCUGGGAGUGGUGGGAACUGACGAAUGUCAAUGGGAAGCAGUAGUAGUGUGUCGUGACGACGUGAAAGGCAAUGAUGUUGUAGUCGAGCGCUUUCUGUCUGGACGUAGCUUAUCUGAUGAUCUGAUGGAUGUGUUGAGCCAAUACGCCGUUGGCUGCUGAGGCGCUGGCAGUGCUAUUUCAAGAUCACUCAGCCACUUUUAUCAUUGCACCACGGAUUGAAUCCCAAUUUCCUUCAGCUUCUUUG